AACUCUUUUUUAGUAAGUUUGUGCAAAAAAAUCGAAUCGGAAUAAUUUACCUAACGGGGGCGACCAUGCAGCCUGGACUAUACAACCGCGAGCAAUUCAAACUAAUCGGACAUCAUUCGGACAUUUCGAACUUGGGUCUCCAGUUACGUCACGACUCCCUUCUCUUCGAGAUGCGCAAUAUAUUAUCUUGUUAUUUAUAGUAUUAUGUACUGUCCUGUCGCUAACACCCAGCGCUGUAAUUGUUGUAGAGACGAUUUUUGUUGGAGUCAGAUCGGAAUUUGUUUUUGUUGUAAUAUAUCCCCUCGUUUCCAACCACGUCUAUCCUGCGCCGCUCUCAUCCAGUUUUUAUUUAACUUUCUUACGUCGUCUGCCAUCUUGUAGGCGAUCAACCGACGAUUCUCUUGUCUUCUCUUGGCCUCCAUUCCAAUAACCUUUUUGUCCAUCGCCCAUCUGUCAUUCUGGCUAUGUGUCCUGCCCAUCUCCACUUCAACCUGACUAUCCUUUUGAUGACGUCAGUCACCUUUGUUCUUCUCCUGAUUUCUUCGUUUUUGAUUUUGUCUCGCAGUGUUAUUCCUAACAUUGACCGCUCCAUUCUUCUCUGCGUUACUCUUACACUGGUAUUCAUAGUGCGUCGCCAGGAAGAGUCACCGGCGGCUUUUCAGUUAGCGAACACUCCGUCGAGAUUUCAUCGCCUGUUUCGUAGUCAAUCCUCGGAGAACCGCUAGUGGGCGAUCGGUUACUUACUACUCGAUAUGAAAACAUAGACGUAUUUGUUGUGUUUAGGCUGCCGAACACAAAGCAUUUUAUUGUAAUGUCCUCGCCCACGACUGCAAGGUUCAUAUUUUUUAAAAAUAAAUUUAAUUUCUAUUACAAAAUGAGUGCUAUUGUUGCUUAUACAAGGGAGGACAAAGAAAUUUUAAUAGAAAUUUUAAAGAAGUAUCCGAUAAUUGAAAACAAAAAUACGGAUGCUACUACAAUAAAGAAAAAAUCGGAAGCUUGGAAUGCAUUUAUGCAUGAUUAUAAUGCUGUCAGAACUGAAAUAGUAAGUAAAAGCAUUAACCUGUAUAAUAUUUUAACUUAAAAAAUAAAUUAUUUACUGUAGUAAAUGAUAACUAUAAUAAGUACAUGUAUCUUUUGACUCAUAGUUACCUACAUAAAUAUAUUAACUAACCCUUCAAAUUUUUAGAGAACUGUUACGCAGCUUAAACGUUGCUGGGACAAAAUAAAAAGACAGAAAAAAAUGGAGUUAUCCAAAGAAAGGCAAAAUCGCAUGUCUACAGGUGGAGGAGGAGGAAUUCCAGAUAUAAAUAUUUUGCCGGAUGUAGAGGUAAUUGCCACCCAUUUGUCAGAGGAAGUAACAAAUUUAGUGGAUAGCGAUGCCCAGUAUAUGGGAAAUAAACUUCGUUCAAGAAGUAGAAGCCCUGUGUUUCGGAAUAAUCCUGUUGCAAGCUGUGAUAUGGUUACGGUAAAAGAAACUCCCUCGACAAGUAUACUGAACGAGGAAAUUUUGUCUCCUAGAAGUCUUAUCAUGGACACUGAAAAAACAAACACUAGUGUAACAUCCCAAAGCAAAAAAAAAUCUACCGUGGACAGGCUCAUGGAGAUAAGGAUUAACAAUGCCUUACUAGAACGGGAACAAAUGACAGAAUUGCAUGAAGCUAGGAUGCUGGUUGAAAAAGCCAUUUUAGAAAAAGUAGAAUUAGAAAAACAAUUAUUAUCUUCGAAAACAGUUCAUUAAUUAUGUGUGUUUUUUCAUUUUUUAUUAGUUUAAUUUC